GGUGGUAAAACAUCAGCGAUGUUGGCAAUGGUGAAUGCUGCAGCGGCAAGUCGGGAUGGAGAUCAAGAAAGCUCGGAAACGGAUGAUACUCGGCAUCGUAUCGAAGAAAAUGAUUACAUCAGGACAGUGGUUGUAACGUGCGCAGAAGAUUUGUAUUUCUUGCGCAUGCCGGUGUGUUUGAUAUGUGGCAGCAUCGGACAAGGAGUUGAAGGGACGAUGGUUACGUGCGUAACGUGUGCGCAGAGUUAUCACACGUAUUGCGUUGGACAACAUGACAAGCUGAGUUUAACAGUGGUGAAACGAGGUUGGCGAUGUUUGGAUUGUACAGUUUGUGAAGGCUGCGGAGAUGGGCGCGAUGAAUCGAAUUUGAUUCUUUGCGAUGAAUGCGAUAUCUCUUAUCACAUCUAUUGCUUGGAUCCGCCUAUAGAAAGCAUUCCGCAAGGACCAUGGCGCUCAUCUGCUUUCCUAAAUGACUAUUUUCAGCUGAGUUUAACAGUAGUGAAACGAGGUUGGCGAUGUUUGGAUUGUACGGUCUGUGAAGGCUGCGGAGAUGGGCGCGAUGAAUCGAAUUUGAUUCUUUGCGAUGAAUGCGAUAUCUCGUAUCACAUCUAUUGCUUGGAUCCGCCUAUAGAAAGCAUCCCGCAAGGACCAUGGCGGUGUAAAUGGUAA